AUGGCACUAGGGAAGCGAUCUUCUUGCGGAUACCUGUUUUUAAUUGUCUCCUUCUUCAACAAAUGCUGCUCAGUUUCUUCGCAGGAGGUAGUAUUGUCCAGAAUAAGUCGGUAUGAAAUAGAAGGGCAAGGAACGGAGUUUAAAUGUACAGUCGGAAGAGAAUAUUACAAUCGAGACUAUUUCUCACACUCAGUCUGGCUCCUUAACGGGUAUCCAUUGUUCGAGCAUCCCGACGAAUUUCCAGCAACGCUUGAAAGUAGCAAAAUGAUAACGCUGCACAGAAACCAGACUGGAUCCACGUUGAUGUGUCUGCUGCAUCCGAUUGAGAAAAACUCGACCUUGACACUACACGUAAUGUAUCCACCAAGCGCCGUGACCCUGCAUGUCAACACCACACAUUCAUGUGAGAGCGAGACGGAGUGCAGCGCUGAUGUCACAAUCGGAAGUCGCUAUCGAUUCGCCUGCAACGCGUCAGGUUCGAGUCCAGCCAGUAACAUCACCUGGCUGAUCAAUACCAAGGCCCGUUCGGGAAUGGGACAGACAGAGAUCUCUCCAGAUUGGAGUCAGUCACGCCAAGAUGAGACCAACGAGGACUGGGAAACCUCGAGUCGGAUCGAUCUGCAGAUACUCCCAGAGCAUCACCAGGGAAGCAUCACAUGCAGGGCGAUGUUUCCCGUCGGAGGAACAGUGUUCAGAGAGAUAACCGUGAAACUGAUUGCCGACGACAAACAUGAUGUACUGCAGCUGCUCGCCAUCAUCAUACCGGCUGCGGGGACUGUGUUUGCAGUCGUCGUCAUUGUAACUGUUUGCACAUUGCGGUCAAAUGCCAAGCGUCAAAGAGCCAAAGAGGUUACAGAGGUAAUGGAGGAAGGCACUAUGAAGAAAUGUAACUUUCCCCGGAGCAAGAUUACGCUGUUCGAUGUCAUUGGAAGUGGGAACUUCGGUCAGGUCUUCAGGGCAACUGCAGACGGGAUACUGCAGGAAGGAGUCGAGACGGAGGUGGCUGUGAAAGUACUCAAAGAGUCUGCUGAUGGAGCAGCUGUCUGUGACUUCAAGAAGGAAAUCGCGAUCCACAAAACUUUGAAGAGACAUCCGAAUGUAGUCUCCAUGUUUGGAUGCUGCACUGACUCGGAACCCUUCGUCAUCAUUCUGGAGUUACUACCAGGGGGCAGUCUACAGGGUUACCUGAGGAACAAGAAACAGGCAUGGACGGAGGAAGCCGUAGAAGGCGCUAAACCUGUCCCUCCAUCCGAGCUGCUUGCUUUUGCCUCUCAGAUCGCGAACGGCAUGGAAUACCUGUCAUCAGUUGGGUGCAUUCACCGUGAUUUAGCAGUCCGUAAUAUCCUCCUUGAUAAAGACAUGGUAUGCAAGUUGUCCGACUUUGGCCUAGCGCGUGAUGUUUCUGAGACACAACAAUACGAAAGGACUUCAACGGGGAUGAUUCCAGUUCGCUGGUUGGCUAUCGAGAGCCUGCUUGACGAUGUCUAUACCACCAUGAGUGAUGUCUGGUCAUUCGGCAUUCUGCUGUGGGAGAUUGUCACACUGGGUGCCCACCCCUAUCGUGGCUUGCGUGCACGUGACGUAAUUGAUUCCAUAGAACAGGGCUUUCGGUUACCAAAUCCCGCCCACUGCAGCGAACAACUUUACGAGGUAAUGAAUGAGACCUGGCAGGAGACGCCUAGCGAACGCCCGACAUUUCGCGAAUUGAGAGAGACCCUUGAAGGAAUGAUCCCUGAGGCUCCGAUUUACCUGGAUAUGGCGAACUUUGUGGCCGAUCAAUACGUGGGAGAAAACUCUUGAGCAUCUUUACUUCAUCUCGUGUCCUCGCCUGACCUCUUCAACACUGUUUGAAUGGAUAGAUCCACUACGCCCGCCCCCUGAUGUUUUGACCAAUCACAGCCGUGAUUAUAGUGCGACAUGCGUGCACUUGCACGUGACAAGCGCGUCUGAAUCAUGUAGCAAGGCAUAAGCCUAUUUGAGGUAUGGUGGACACAAUAGGAGGGCGCUAUUUGGUUUGGGUAAAUACAAAGGACUUUACACAAAUCAA